CUCUACCACACACACACACACAUUCCUUCUCUCUCUCUCAAGCCCUUUCAAAAUGGCGUCCGAACUCUUGAAACAGAACCGUCUCCGCUGGGAUUUAACCCCAGAGGACAUCAACACCAAAGCAGAAGAGUUGAUAAAACAAUGCAAGGCUGUGUACGAUGCUGUUGGCUCACUCAAAAAGGAUGCCCUCAACUAUGAAAAUACUCUGCAGGCUCUUGCUAACAAUGAUUGUGAGUACGGCGUCCAUCGUAACAUGCUUGAUUUCCCUCAGCAUACAUCUCCAGAUAAAGCAAUGAGAGAAGCAAGUACUGAAGCCGAUAAGAAACUCUCUGACUUUGAUGUAGAAAUGAGCAUGAGACAGGAUGUGUUUGACAAUCUCAUGGCCUACCAAGAGAAGACCGAUGUCAGUAAGCUGAAGCCUGAAGCUAAGCGCUACCUGGAGAAGUUGAUUAAGCUAGGACGCAGAAACGGCUUGCAUCUACCCAAGGAUGUUCAAGACAAGGUGAAGGCCUUGAAGAAGCGUGCCAGCGAUAUUGCCAUCGACUUCAACAAGAAUCUUAACGAUGAGAACACAAUACUGGAGUUUACUGAGGAGGAACUAGUGGGUCUUCCAGAUGACUUUAUCAAGAGACUAGACAAAACAGCAGAAGGCAAGUGCAAAGUAUCACUGAAAUAUCCCGACUACUUUCCAGCAAUGCGUAAAGCGCGUAACCCAGAGACGAGACGCAAACUGGAACUUGCCUUCAACUCAAGAUGCAAGGAAGAAAACACAAAAAUCAUGGAGGAGCUUGUUGAGAUUCGUCAAAAGUUGGCGGAUCUUCUUGGCUAUCCAACACAUGCUGCUUACAUCUUGGAGAUGAGGAUGGCCAAGACACCUGAGACUGUCGCCAAGUUCCUCAAGGAUCUCACUGAGAAACUCAGGAUCCUUCAGACUUCCGAACUGGAGACUUUCAAAGCCUACAAGAAAGAGGAGUGUGAGAAGUACAAGUACCCGUUCAACAACACCAUCGAUCUAUGGGAUAUGCGUUACUACAUGAACAUGGCGGAGGAGCGACAGUAUUCCAUCGAUCAUAACAAACUCAAGGAGUACUUUCCACUGGAGGUGGUCACUAAAGGCCUGCUGGAAAUUUAUCAGGAGCUCCUUGGUCUGAAAUUUGAGGAGAUUAAGAAAGCGGAAGUAUGGAACGAUGAUGUCACAAUGUUCAGCGUGACGGACAAGGAAUCAGGUACCUUCAUGGGGUUCUUUUAUCUGGAUCUUUUCCCACGCGAGGGCAAGUUUGGUCAUGCCGCCUGCUUCGGUUUACAGCCUGGGUGUUUGGCAGCGGAUGGGAGCCGUCAGGUUGCUAUAGCAGCCAUGGUUGCCAACUUUACUAAAGCCACAGCAGACGCUCCGUCACUACUCACUCACGAUGAGGUUGAAACCUUCUUCCAUGAGUUUGGUCACGUGAUGCACCAGCUUUGUGCCCAGGCGGAGUUCAGAAUGUUCAGUGGCACACGUGUUGAGCGGGACUUUGUCGAAGCGCCCUCCCAGAUGCUUGAGAAUUGGUGUUGGCAGGCAGAGUCUCUACGUCGGAUGUCAGGUCACCACACAGAGGGGACGCCCAUUCCAGACGAGAUGGUAGAGAAGCUAGUCAAGGCUCGCAACGCUAACGCCGGAGUCUUCAAUCUUAGACAGAUUCUACUGGGGACGUUUGAUCAGACCAUUCACACCAGCGCUAAGGCGGACACCACCUCCAUAUAUGCCAAGAUAUCUCAGGAAACACUCGGUAUACCAGCUACGCCAGGUACCAACAUGUGCGCUUCAUUUGGCCAUCUAGCUGACGGGUACGAUGCCCAGUAUUAUGGUUACUUGUGGAGUGAGGUGUACUGUAUGGACAUGUUCUACUCACGGUUCAAGAAGGAAGGGAUCAUGAACCCCAAAGUGGGAGCAGACUACCGCAAGUUCAUCCUUCAACCAGGAGGUUCCAUUGAUGCCAUCGAUAUGCUGAAGAACUUCCUGGGACGGGAACCGCAGCAAGAAUCUUUCCUGAUCAGCAAAGGCUUGAAAGUGUAGACCGACACUGCACUCCGUUCUGCGGUCGAGGGCAGGCUUCACAUAGAUUAUCACUGGUCCCCAUGCAUCUAUAGUUCCUGUUUACUUCUCAAUUUGGUAAGAGUAAACAGUUCUGUUCUAUUGAUAUAAUAGACCCUUCCCAUGAAAUAUGUAAAUUGCACACAUUUUGCAAACAUUUUGGCUUGCAUGACACAGACGCAUUUGUGCGUCUGCUCAGUGCACCUCUUUGUGGCAUUUGCCAACCAAUAGGGUCUGUAUGCAUGCGUGAAUGUAAUUGGCAUAUUUUAAUUGGAAGGGUCUAUUGGAUUGAGGGCAGGCUUCGUGCCACCAACACAUGGAGAGAAUAACGCCCGUUCCCAGGCAACUAUUGCCUCAAUGCUUUGUUAUGCCUGUGUUUACACACAAUGUGUGCAGAAUACCGGUGACGAACAUCCUGUGGUGAUCAAGUUACAAUUUGUUACCCUGAUAGAAAUGAUGGCCUUGAAAUUUUCCUGGUUGUUGGAACUAUAUAUUGAGCCAGUAUGACCUCAGGGGAACCACAAACAAAUUUCUGAAGUAUAUUUGUAGAUGUGGAUGUGGAAGUUGCAAGUGCAAACAAAACGAGACAGAAACCCACAAGUGCUGGGCCCAAUUUUAUAGAGCUGCUCAAGUAGAAAUUAGUACUUAUAAUUUUUCAGCUUUGCAAAAAAUAGUGGGACACCAGUCAGAAUGGUAUGCAUGACCAUAGUACAUGUAUUUUGGCUGGUAGUCUUUUUAGUAGUGAGCAAAAUUGAAAUCCAUCAAAAUCUAGAGAGCAUGUCAUCCAAUAGCAAAUACAGUCAAUUCUUGUUUUGACAAGGUUGUAGGGACUGGCCAAAUAACCUCUUUCUGACAGGAACGUUAUUAUAAGAGGACAGCAAAACAUAGAAACACAAAGCAGAAAUGAGAUUCAGGACUUCACUGUACAUAUAAAGUAUUAUUCCCGUGAAAUACAAAAUCCUUGUUGUUGUUGAAUGAAAUAUAAACACUGCAAAAAUCAUGCCCAUGAUAAAACUAUGCCCUCCAACUUGGGUGAAUAUUCCCCAGCCAGUAGACAAUGCAACAGCCCCUACAUGUAGUUGUUACAUUGUAUAUUGAUGCACAGUGUGAUUAUUUAUGACAUUACAUGUGUAUCGUACAGGCAGGGACACCAUAAACAUUCAUCUCUGAAUGAAAACAAAAAACUCCUUGUCUCUUGUUCUAUAACCCUUAUAGCUGGGUGUAUUUUUGGCCCCAUGCUGCAUUUCUUAAAAAGUAAACGAUGAUGUCUUGUUAUAAACAGACAGUGUGUAGUUAAUGUGCAAAGCAAUGUAUCAUGUUGUGUAAAAGAAGUUAUUGAGGCUGAGAGGGAAGGUGUACUUUUGAAAUUUACUCCAAAAAUAAAUGGCCAUACAAAUUUACUUGGGAUGAAUGAAGCCUUGGAGCUGUUGAUAAUGUACAUGUAUUAUACUGGGAUGAGAUUGUUCAGACUUUUGGCUGAACUCACACUUUUUAUGUCGCCCUGGU